UGUGGAGGAGAAUUUUACUCGGAAACGGGAAUGAUCCGGUCUCCAGGGUACCCCUACGGUUAUCCCCACAACAGGGAAUGUGUCUGGACUAUCGUCGCACCCCCGGGGCGUCAGGUUUACCUCAACUUCACGGAUUUCGAGAUAGAAGCGCAUCAGAAUUGCGAAUACGACUUCUUGGAGAUCAGGAAUGGCGGAACUGUGUAUUCGCCGCUUAUUGGCAAAUUUUGUGGCACUCAGCUUGCGAAUCAGCGCAUUCCUGGACACUCGAACAAAUUUUACUUGAGACUGAAAACGGACGAUUCGCAGUCGGGACCCGGAUUUUUUAUAACUUGGAAUGCUGUUGCAACUGGUUGCGGAGGUACGCUUACGUCAGCGGAAGGAGAAAUAGCCUCGCCAAAUUACCCGAUGCCAUUUGGCCACGUGGGAACAUGCGUUUACAAAAUCCAGAUUAGCCAUGGAUCUAAAAUUGCCAUCAGGUUUUCUGAUUUGGACAUCGACGCAAAUUCUGGAAACCGAUACUGCGCAUUCAACUUCGUUCAGUUGCUGAAAGGUCCAAAUAUUCGGUCUCCUGUUGCUGGAAAAUUCUGCGGCUCUUCGACUCCUGCUCCAAUAGUGAUUGAUACGAAUGCUUUGACUGUGAUUUAUCGGUCUCGGAUUGCUGGUGAAGGAAGAGGCUUCAAGAUGUCUUACGAGACUGUUUGUGACAACGUUUGGCUCGAACGAGGACUCGGAGGAGUGAUUGAAAGUCCGAAUUUCCCACGACCGUAUCCACACAAUCGUAACUGUUCUUGGAUUAUCAGGGCUCCGAGGGGCAACAAUCUUAUUCUCAGCUUCUCGCAUUUAUCGAUUGAAGAUCCUCACGCACUCGGCCACUGCCAAUAUGAUUAUGCUAGUUUCACGGAACUGAAGGUAGAAAACGGUCGAAAUGUUUCCAGAGAAGUUGGACGUUGGUGUGGCGUGAAUAUUCCUGUUCCUACAGCGUAUCGAUUCACUAGCGAUACAGUUAUGGUGAACUUCACCUCUGAUUACAGUCUUGCCUACAAUGGGUUCAGACUCGAAUGGCAUUCCCCAGGUGACGAACCCUUUUUCCUAUAA